AUUCAUUGUUCGGUCGGAGUCACCUCGAGGAACAGCUCCAAUCACUGACUUUUGCCCAUCUAACCUACGAAUACAUACACUGCUACUUGUUCAAACAAAGAGAUACAUGCAAUAAAUAAAGUAGUCAAUGCGAAUUGCUACAUAUACGCUUUGCAUACCAUUUUAACGUCAGUGUGCAUUCUGCAGCUGAAGAAAACUGCACUGCCCACUGCAAGAAUGAUUGCGAAGACGGCAGUUCUAACACUACUGACCCUUCAGUAUGUUUGGUCGCACCCAGAACAUCCAAUUGUUAAUACGCCUCUAGGAACUAUAAAAGGCACGACGCUAACCAGCAGGCUCGGAAAAGAUAUUUUCUCGUUUCUGGGAAUAAAGUAUGCUGAGCCACCAGUUGACGAAUUGAGAUUCAAGCCACCUGUACCAAUCGAAAAAUAUGAGGGUACCUAUGAUGCAACCAAAGAUGGUCCAAUAUGCCCACAACCGGUUGUUAAACCAAUCAUAUCUGAGGAUUGCUUAGCUUUGAAUGUCUACACAACCAAGCUCCCUGAGGGUAAGGAAAAUCCAAAGCGUCCUGUCGUUGUCUUUAUUCUUCCUGGAGGGUUCUACAGUGCAGGAGCUACAACCUACGUUGCUGGACCCCAGUAUCUGAUGGAUAAGGACAUUGUACUGGUGACAUUCAACUAUCGUCUUGGAUCAUUAGGUUUCUUGGCUACCGGUGACAAAGAAGCACCUGGUAACAAUGGGCUGAAAGAUCAGGUGUUGGUAUUAAAGUGGGUUCAGAAAUAUAUUGAGUCAUUUGGAGGUGAUCCCAAUUCUGUAACUCUACUGGGAUACAGUUCUGGAAGCUGGAGUGCUAUACUACACAUGCUAUCUCCAAUGUCUAAAGGUUUGUUCCAUAGAGCAAUUGCUAUGAGUGGGUCACCCUUGGGUAUCUAUCCCAUACCAUCUGAGCAAGUUCAUUUGGCCAAACACCAAGCACACCUUUUGGGAUGUUCUGACGACUCAUCUGAAAAACUAAUACAAUGUUUGAAGACCAAACCCGCAAAAGAAAUUGGAGAUUCACUCCUAGGUUUCAGAGAGUUUGGUUUGGACCCCAUUCUAAUUUGGUCACCAGUAGUGGAACCUGAUGUUGGACAAGAAAGGUUUUUGACUGACGACCCCAUUCAUCUCAUAAAGAAAGGACAGAUCUUGACCAAAGUGCCACUCAUAAUUGGACAAACCAAGGAUGAGUUUGCGGCUAAUGCUUUCACUGUCGUUAAUAAUGAAACUUUAACUAAGGCGAUGAACGAACAUUGGGAGGAAGUUGCACCCAUCGCAUUCAUCUACGAGAGAGGCACUGAUCACUCGAUUAAAGUCAGCAAAGCUAUUAGGAAGUUUUAUUUGAGCGAUAAGCCUGUGGAUAAGAGCCAAGUAGAAAACCUUGCAAAGAUAUACACAGAUGCUUUAGAGGGCUUCCCUAUUAACCGAGCUGCAAAGCUUAUGGUGGAACAUAACAAAGGGCCAGUCUAUUACUACCGUUUCAGCUUCACAGGAAAAUACAGCCAUUUCUAUCUACCAGAUACCAAUAACACUGUUCCUCAUGGAGCUGCACACCAUGACGACUUGAUGUACCUAUUCCACAUUGGUUUUGCCUUCCCACAGUUUACGUCUAAGAUUCAUCCAGCGGAAGAUAAAAUGGUGAACAAGCUCACCACUUUGGUUGCCAACUUUGCCAAAUCAAGCAACCCCACACCGACAACAGAUCCGGAAUUGGAUAAUGUGAAAUGGGAAACAUUUGACCUCAAGGAUCAGAAGUUCCUCGAAAUUGGCGAUAAGCUGGCCAUGAGUCAGAAAAUGUUUGAUGACCGUAUGAAAUUUUGGGAAACUCUGUAUCCAUUGGACAAGUGAAGUCAUCCAGCAAUACCGUGCUAAAUCUGAGAUUAAAUUGUCUUUACUUCAAUAAAGACUGUAUAACAUACAUUGUUCGUUUGGUUGAUCCCACUGGAUUCCAAAAUUGCCAAAUGGAAGGUGCCAGAGAUCAGGAAUUUCGAAGAGACGUGAGACCAUAUUCGGCAGACUAUGUACCAAAUAAGUCUAAAUAUUUUUCGAAAGAUUACUUUAAAAGCAGCUUGGACAGCAUAGAAGAUGAAAUUCUACCUUCUGCAUUUAUACUUAAACAUAUGCUACAAGAGCCGAUGAGCCCUUGGGGUGGGUUCAAGCCAUUAAGCUCUGUAGAAAAUAGCGAAAACGACUAUACUGGGAGGAGUACCCAGAGCAAGCUGAGCAAGGAAAGCAACUGUGAAGAACGUGGUUCUCUAUCAUCCGAGAGACAAACACCGAAAAAGAAUGUGCUGCCUAUAAUUACAAUAGAACACAGUGGUUCCGACGAGAUCAAAGACACUGAUGCGACCACAAACCUCCUUCCAGGACUGGCUUCCAAACCGCCCUUGCCAAAACGGACAGACACAUCCAAAUCUAUCAUCAAAAGGCCUGAAGGUGAACCUAACCACGUGGACGCUGUCACCGCAUAUUUAACUGUCAAGUAUGACUCCGGUAGAAGCUCAUACAACUCGAUAUCCGGCGAAAGUGAUGAUAAGUACAUUGGGAGGUCACCUACCAGAAGUGAGAAUGAAGGAUCCAAGACCAUAAGUUUGUACCACAGUGAGAGUCAAUCAGUUGACUUGAUGCAAAGUAACCGCGACUGUAGUUUCCUGUCAGUGCAAACCUGGUUGGAAGAGGAAAAUGUGAUAAAGAAGGAAAGUGAAACUGACCUUUACCUGGAACGGCUGAAAAAGGAGCAUGGAUUGAAUGAAGUCAGUAGUAAUUUUACAGACAAUACUAAAAUUGUUGAUAAGUUCAUCUCCCCAUGGGGUAAGGAAGAAGAUAUACCAGAUAUUUCAGAAAUCGAUUUGGAUAAGUUGUUUGGUACUGAAUCUAAUCCAGUUGCUGCAGGGGCUGGGAAUAUAUUGAAAAAGCAAGAGAGUAAAAAGGAUAGUUAUCAGUACAAAGAGCAGAGAGAUAGUAACUUUCUUGAUAAGAAUAAGAAACUACAGGAUAAGAAACUUCAAAAACCCUUGUUUACAAAGACGAUGAAGCAGAAACCAAAGUUCGAGGCUAAGCCUAUCAAAGGAUCUAGGGAUUUUCAAUUGCCUGAUGAGAAAGAGAUUGAAUCGUGGAUGAGCGAACGAUCUAAAAGUGCUGGGCAAGUAACGAAUGUUAAGAAGAAGGCAAACUAUUUGGAUUUGUUAACUAACCUGGAAGAAAUAGAUACAAAUGGAAAUGAAAUUGCUAGAAGCAGUAGUGCGGAGGAUAAGAUCAGUCAAAGUGAAAGUCUUGAAGACAUUGUCUCUAUUCUAGAAGCAUUGGAGGACGAGGACAAGAAGUCACAAAAGCAAAUGGAGUCGGUAAAGAAAAUGGUGGAUAUAAGCUUAAACAAGCAACCGUCGCAUGAUCUUGCACCAAAAGCUGAUACUGACUACAGCACUGAUCACAAGAGCACAGCAAGGAUAGAACAAAAAAGUGUGUACAUAGAAGAUCAGAAUUUGCUAAAACCAAACAGAGACAGAUACGUAUCGUUCUCACAAAGCAAUAACAAAUGUACACAAAAUCAUUAUAACCUAAGUUGCAGAGGCAGUUCCGAAUCUAACUACAGUGAACUUCUAUCGUUCCUGGAUGAAGUAGACAAAAGCUGUACAAACAGCCUGAAUUCGGCCAAGCAGAGCGCAGAGCUUGUAACGAAGGUAUUGGAAUCAUCUAUAAAGUUAGACACAAUACCAAAAAUGGAUGACUUACGAGUUCUUUCACCUGAAGAAUUGUCUAGUCAAGUCAUCGAUCUUAGUCUAAGACUGAAAGAUAAAUCUAGCUCCAUAUCUUUACUCCAGCAAGAACUAUCAAAUUUAAGAGAACAAAUAAUGAAACAGCAUAAGGAAACAGACGAGUUAGUAAAACAAAAACUGAAGCAACAGAAAGAUGAAUACGAUGGUAUCAUCAAGCGUCACCAAAAAUUCAUAGAUCAGCUGAUUGCAGAUAAAAGAUCGCUAAAUCAGCAGUGUGAGGGACUGAUUCAAGAAAUGAAAGUUUUGGAAGAUAGAUAUAAUACUAACACUAGAGCACUCGAACACAGGCAUCAAGUUGAGAUGAAGAAAAUGAAAGACAUGUGUACGGCUGGUGAAAAAUUGAGAAGGGAGAAAUGGAUUGAUAGCAAGACACAGAAGAUAAAGGAAUUGACAGUAAAAAGUAUCGAGCCUGAGAUGGCAAAUAUGGAAAGGCGUCACCAGCAAGAAAUGGCAGAUCUAAGAGCAGCCCACAAAAGAGAAAUUGAAGAUUUGGAAUUAAAAUCUGCUAGGAAAAUGCAGCAACAUUGUGAAUCCUUGAGAGAACAACUCACAGAAGAAAGAGAAAAGGCUUUGGCGCAUGAGAGAGAACUGAUGAGGCAAAGAUAUGAAAAGUUGGUAGAAUCAGAAGAAAAAGGUUACCAAGAGCAAAGAAGAAGACUACUAGCUGACCAUGCUAGUAGAGUAAAGGAAUGUGAAGUAAGAGAAGCUGCCGCUAUAGCCGAAAGGGAUAGAGCUAUCAAACAGGCACAAGAAGAGUUCGACGACAGACUACAGGUCAUAAUGAGGAGGCAUUCCAAUGAAUUAAAACUUCUGAAGGAGUCCUCACAGUUAGAGUACGAAGCGUGGCAGACUAAUUUCAAGAAACAGCAAGUACAAGUGUUGGCGGGAAAAGAGGCAGCUAUAAGGGAGCAAUGUCGAAAAGAAAGAGAUAGGGAGAUCGAGGCUGUUAUAGAGCGACUAGAAAAUGAAGCUGCUGAAAAUAAAUUGCAGUCGGAACAAUCUACGGAAAAUAGGAUCAAGAGACUAAAGGAAAAAUACGAAAAGGAAAUCAAGGACUUGGAAAUAGAAGACUCUGAGAUAAAAAGAAGGUAUUGCGAAGCAAAAACUAAGCUGCUGGAAUGCGAGGAAACAAUAAUGGGCUUUAAAGCAAAUAUGAAGCAGUUAGAAGCACAACUCCAGGAAUAUAAAGCUACUUCCGAGAAACUUGCCACCGAACGAAACGACCUGAAGGAAGUGGUAAGGCUGGAAAUGAAGGAAGAAAUGGACGCAUUAGAAAAAGAAAUUGCUCAACUAAAAAGUUCCAGGGACAAAGAGCUUCAGCAGCUUUAUUCUAGGGUAAAAGUUUCAGUAGCGAGAAAAGACGAGAUAUUAAACGAGCUACAAACCGAACAUAAGGCCUUACAAGAGAAAUGCAUUUAUUUGGAGAGUAUGCUGGAACAACAAAGAAAGGAGUAUUUGAUUAACAAAUGAUGAUGGUCUGCGGUUUAGCUAUUUUUUACUAUAGCUGCAGGAGUUCAUUUUCAUUUGUUUUUUGAUGCACCUUGCCCAUCUCCUACUGGUUGUCUUAUUAAAUUUAUACUUUUAUAUAUUUUUUGUUAUUUUUGGAAUAAAGUUUAAUUUUAAGUGCAG